GCAUAUUCUCAUACCUGUCUUCUCGGCCAAGCCUCGGUACGGUUUGAUUAACGCCGACAGUCAGAUUAUGCAUGGUUCUUUGGAAAGGGAGUUCUUCAAAUUGAAGAAGUUUUACUAAGGUGGUGAUCAAGCCAAAAAUGGCUGAUGGGGAAGGGGAUUUGAAGAUAAAGCAGUCAAUAUACUCCGGCUACACAACGGUACCUGAACUCCCUCCAAAGGUUGUCAGGAUAUUUGUCAGCUCAACCUUUGUUGAUGCUGAAGCGGAGAGGAAUGUGUUGUUGAAUGAAGUAUACCCGACUGUUUGGUGGUGGUGUAAGAACAAUGAUCUUGACUUCCAGCUGGUUGAUAUGCGAUGGGGUGUCCGAGAUGAAGCAUCUACUGAUCACACUACCUCCCAGAUCUGUCUCAGGGAGAUACAGAAAUGUCAGAAUGUCUCGAUGGGGCCAAACUUUCUGUUCAUCCUUGGUCAGCGUUAUGGCUAUCGUCCCAUACCAGCCACUAUACCUGCUAGCAUGUAUGGUAUUCUCAGUGAACAUGUCACCAAUGGGGAUCACAUCAAUCUUCUCUCAUCGUGGUAUCUACGGGAUGAUAACACAGUUCCUCCCGUCUAUGUUCUUCAACCGAUCAUGGAGCAGGUCAGGAAGCAGUGGUCAACCAUCUCCGAUCAGCUCGUCAGUAUACUCAGGAGAGCAGCUUCCGAUGCCGGGAAGGCUGGACAGAUCACUGAGGCUGAGAAGCAAACAUUUUUUAUGUCAGUGACUGAACAAGAAGUGAGAGAGGCACUUGAUUCCAAGAAUCCUGAUGAUCACUGUGUAGGGGUAUUGAGAACAAUCACAGAUCUGGAGGAGCAUCUUGGAAAAACAAAUACCAGCAAGUUCUGUGAUUUAGAUAGUGAGAACAGGGUGCAGGGGGAUGCUAAGGAACUUCUAGGAGAUCUCAAAGACCAAUAUGCAACAAAACGCUUGAAUGAGCAGAACAUUCACCAGUUCAAUGUGAAGUGGUCUCCCAAGGGUGUUGACCCCUCUCGUUCAGAUCAUAGAACCUACCUUGAUCAGUUCUCUAAUGCUGUAACAAACAAUACCAUCAACCUCAUCAAGAAUGCCAAGACAAAGUACACCCACUACGAACUAAGUAAAGAUGAACUUUUCAUAGAAGUCUGUAACCAUGCUGAAUUCUGCCGUUCCAAGUGCAUCAACUUUCACGGCUGUGAGGACAUCAUCCAUGCCAUCUUCGAGAAAAUCAAAGAUGAGAAGUUCAGGAAGCCCAUUGCGAUCCACGGUCCAUCCGGAAGCGGGAAGACAUCCAUCAUGGCUAUGGUACAGGAGAAUGCUCAGAAGCAUCUUGGACAUCCUUGUGUGGUGGUGUCCAGGUUUCUUGGUACUACCUCUCAAAGCUCAACAAUCAUCAAUGUCAUCCUGUCCAUAGCAAAGCAGAUAUGCGCUGCUUAUCAAAUCUAUGACAGCAGCGAACUUAUUGAGAGGAGGCCAAAGGAACUUUUCCCAUAUUUUCAUUCGCUUUUGGAGAAAGUCUCCUCUACCUGUGACAGGCACCUGAUCAUCAUGCUUGAUUCUCUAGAUCAGCUUGAAAGUGCCCAUAGCGCUCAUAGAUGUCUAUGGCUACCAAGAAACCUUCCUCCAAAAGUCAGUGUAGUGGUGUCUACUCUUCCUGACAUGUAUGGCAUUCUUCCCAAGCUGAGACAGCUCCUGGGUAAUGAAGAAUGUUUCUUGUCUGUGGAAGCCCUCUCAGAAGGAACUGGAGAUGAGAUCAUGCACACAUGGAUGCAGGGUAUUGGGAGAGCAGUGACGGAAGAACAGAAAAAUAUCCUCAAGAAAGCAUUCCUGAAAUGUCCCCAGCCUCUCUUCUUGAAGCUCCUGUUUGAAGAGGCACGUCGAUGGGAGUCUUAUACUAAGGUCAAGGAAGAGGACUUGGCUGUCACUGUCAGGGAAGCUAUCUGGAAACUCUUUGAGAGACUUGAGAGGCAGUUUGGCUAUAAGCUGGUGUCCCAUGCACUUGGUUACAUUACUGCUGCAAGGAGUGGAUUAUCCCAUGCUGAACUGGAAGACAUUCUGUCUAUCGAUGAUGAGGUGUUGGAUGAGAUUUACCAGUACUGGUCCCCUGUGGAUCCUACCACAGUACGCAUUCCAUCCCUGCUAUGGACACGGCUUAAAUACGAGCUUGAGGAAUACCUUGUUGAAAGACAAGCUGAUGGAAGGGUUGUCAUGGUCCUCUAUCACAGACAAUUUAAAGAAGCAGCUGAAGCCAGGUAUCUGAAUGAUCCUGAGAUAGCAAGACAACGUUACCAGGUUUUAGCUGAUUUCUUUGAGGCUAGGUGGAGUGAUAAGCCAAAGACCCUGGUAUUGACACAGAGACAUGAGACCUUACAAGCGUAUCGUAAAGUGGCCUCUCAGCCUCUCAGAUUUGAUAAGGAAUUUAACCAGAGGAAGAUCAGUGAGCUCCCAUACAGUCUACUCUUUGCCAAAGAUAUUCCAAGGUUUGUUGAGAGCACUUUUGGUAACUUUGAGUUCAUCCUCACAUCCAUGCUAGCCAACUCAACUCAGUAUGUGAUUGAGGAAUUGUCCUGGGCCCUCACAUAUCCCAACAUCCUAGGCUCUGAGGUUUGUACUCAGCUUGGACUCCUACAAGACACACUCAGACUUGCCAAACCUACUCUAGAGUUCAAGAACAACACUCAGCCCGUAGCCAUCGAGCUUCUUGGACGAUUGAGCUACUUUGAAGGACAGUACCCUGACUUGAUUGGUCGAGUGAUAGCGGGAUGUAGAACAUGGUGUCAGGAUACUAACAAGCUUCUUCUCAUUCCUCAGAUGAGCUUCUUCCCUACCCCUGGAGGACCAAUGCGCACUACUCUCAUUGGGCAUCAUGGUGACAUCUGUGAUCUGUCAAUAAGUGAUGAUGGUCGCUAUCUGGCAACGUCAGAUACAGAGGGAGCUGUGUACAUUUGGGAGCUAGGCUUAGAUGAAUUGCUCUACUCUGUGAAAGAUAUUCAAGGCAAGCCUGUGAGUCAUGUGACCUUCUCACAUGACAACCGAUGGUUUGUGGGAUACAUCAAGGAGUCUAGAGCCAUUCAGGUGUGGAACAUGCAGAGUGGUGAUCCUUCUUCAAGGAUUGUCAUUGACAGUAAGACUGAUGAUCUAGGCAAGAGAGAUGAUCACCAGACUUGCAUCAUCUUGCCCGAGAGCUCUGAGACCAUUUUGUUCGGUGCAGCAAAGGAAGUCAAGAUAUACCUUAUCCGAUCUGGUGCCCUGCAACACACCAUCAGUGUACCCAGUGGUGACAUCAAGGGACUUUGUUUGUCUUCAAAUGACCAGUACCUACACAUCAUAACACAGAAUGGUCACUUCCUCACUCACAGCAUGAUGACCUAUGAACUGCUCUUUGACCUUCACCCUCAUGAAGGUCAAGUUAACUGCAUUACGAAUACAGAGCUUGGACAUGUAGCAAUUGGAUAUGUCGAUGGAACAUUUUGCUUAAUUCAACCAGAUGAGAACAAGAAUAUGAAGGGAGUUGUGGCUUUGACAGAAACUGUGUUUGAACAAAAGCCAGUAGCCGGUCUGUGCAUCAAAGAAGAUUUGAGCUUGUUGAUAGUAGCGGCUGAUAAUAACAUCUACGUCUGGGACUAUGUGAAGAAGUGUUUACAGAGCACAUUACAAGGUCAUGAAGAGUCCAUCGAGAACAUUGAGGUCGCGACUGAAAGCAGUCUUCUAGUGUCCGGAGGUUAUGAUGACAUCAUCAUAGUGUGGGACUUGAUCAGUGGGACCAAGGUUCAAGUCUUAGAUGGUCAACAAAGCGAUAUCUCUCUCCUCAAACGGCACAAUAACCAACUUGCAUCUGCAUCCUUCAACACUCCUUACAUCAAGUUAUGGGACAUCUCACCUCAAUACCUGUCACAACACCAUCACAAGUUUAUUGAUAAGAAAGACAUGGCAGCAAUAACCAAAGAUCUUCAGUAUGUGGUCCAUCAGCAGUUCCCGGAGAAACCUACGAUUAGCAUCUGGGAGAGUGAUGCUAUGAAAAGUGUGCAUUUAAAGAUGAGAGACGAUGAAACUAGCAGGGUAACCUGCUUUGCAGCAACUGACACUGCCCAAACUGCGAUUGUAGGAUGCUCGGAUGGAUGUGUAGUUAUUGCAGAUCUGAGACACAAGAAGGUCUUGAAUGUCCUUCCAGGAGACAAAAUUGCAGUUGCUUCCAUAGCAGUCCGUCCAGAUGAACGAUACAUAGCAGUUGCGUAUGCAAAUGAUACUGUCCGGGUAAUAAACAUUCAAUCUCUGAAGACUCAGCGGCAGUUUGACCUUGAUGUUAAAGGCAACACCUCCAACAUCUGCCUUACCUUGAUGGACAUUCUGGUGGUAGCGAGUGAUGCAGGACUUGUCUAUGUGAAACUGACUUCAUCCAGUGAUUUGGUAAAGCUGGAAGGGAACCAGAGUCCUAUCAAUUGUCUAGGAGUUAGUCCUGAUGAGCGCCAUGUGGCCUGUGGAAUGGAAGGUGCCAACGCACUUGUCUGGGAUCUUCAGAUGACCAGAGUGGAUUUGCAAAUCAGGGCCAAGUCGGUCCAGCACCUUUGUUUCACCAAAGACAAUGAAUACCUUGCGACAACAUCUAAUGAUAAGAAAGUAUGUUUGUGGCGACGUAGCAACGGGAACCAGCUUCUUGACAUCUACAUCUACUCUAACCUGUCCUGUCUCGCAGCUAUAGAGGGCGCUCUAAUAGGAACUACGCAGAUUGGUCAAGUGGUUGCCAUGGAAAUCAAGGAUCGGAAAAAGCAAGCACUGAAGAGGCAGACCUCAAGGACAUGUGCCAUACUGUAAGCGUUUGAGUUCUGAAUUAAACUAGAAAUAGAAAUAUCACUCUGGAUGGUAAGUAGAAAUAUCACCCAGGGUGAUAAAUACCCCCUCCCCUGUGAAGUGCACGCUGCAUUUUAUAAGUAUUGCUCAAGAAGUGAGGAAGUAAUUUAAUGUGCAACAUUUUACUGAUUUCUUGUAGUAAUAGGCUGAAGCUGUUCAAAUAGAUUACCUUGCAUAUCUUCAUCUUAAGACCAACACAUGUAUGCCAUAUUUCAUGGACCUUGCAUAACAAAUGAAGAAGUAUUUCAAGCCGCAAGAUUUGAAAUGGACCGACUGGCCAACCACCUGAAAACCUGCCGAUUCUUAUACACACAUACCCUUCAUUUGGCAGGGGUAUAAUGGCUGAAAUAUUGGGUACUCCUUGCAAUAGGUUGUUACCAUCAUUCAUGGCUCAAAAUUCCUCAACUUUUCAAAACAUUAAGAAAUGAUGAUUCACUCAUUUCAAAAUGAACUGAAAAUAACAAACUGAUCUAACCAAAUAUACAUUCUAUAUUUGAUUUAUAUUGUAUAUCAAGUUUCCAUGUUUUUGUAUAUUUGUUGCAAACCCUUCCUUAAUGAUAAUGAAAUAUGCAAUCAAAAUCAAAAGUGUAAAUGUGUGUAUGUAUUUUGCAAGGGAUGAACAAAUACUUAUAUUUUUUCAGUACUGUAAAGUUUGUCACAGGGUUUUCUGGAUGGUAUUAUUGACUUUUCUUGUUCUUCAUAUGUAUACACCAUACUUACUUUUUGUAAUGUAUGUAGCUGUUUCUUAAUGUGUGUGUACAGCUUAGAAUAUGCAAUUACUAACUUAAAUAGAUAUGUCAAAAAAGAGUAUGCAAUUACUACAAGUAUUCUGAUAUCAUUGAAAUAAAUGACUCAAUGGGGCAUUUUUUGACAAAUUUAAGAUUUAUCAAGAUCGCUCUCAACUAUCCCCAUAGUCGCAACACAAUGACAAAAGGGAAAGAAGCAACAAAGCAACCAAAUUUCUGUUCAUAUUUUGACUUAUGUGCCCUUCAUCUGAGCCAAACAAACACAUCAUACGAAGAAGUGCCUUAGGCAGACAAAGCCAGCAUGGUAUUGCAUUGUCAUCAAUGUAAAAAAUAUGAUAUAUAUUGUUCUUUUAUUUAAAUUUUUUUUUUUACCUUUUGCUAUCCAUUUGCCAUUGUCAUGCAUGAUAUGUGCAACUUCGGUUAAUCUUAAUAUCUUUGAAACACCUCCAUGUUAUUGUAAGUGAUUUCAUUCUGAAAAUGAUUAAAGGGUUACAUCACUGCCAGCUAGUGCCUAACUGCUUUUGCAAUAUUUAAACCAUGUUCUUUCAAUUUCAAAGGCAUUCCAAAUUCAAUAUCAGAACUAUAUUGUUUUUGUUCCAUGUAUUUUGUGUAAUGUGCAUAUAUACAGGGUAUGUACAAAACACUACAAAGAUUAUGCAAUAUUGUUAACUUUUUUAUGAGCAAUGGAGUUUGACCUAUAUUCUUUUUUAAGUGUGAUGUAGGUAGAUAUCUAAAGGCUGCUCAGUAUGGGAGUUUGAUACCCAUUGACUUCUCAAUUACAUGUAAGACAUAUAAAUACAGAAGUACGUAAGACAUGAGAGUCUAUUCAUUUCAUAUGAUAAUUUUAUUUUCAAAUUUAAUUUAGUAUUUGCAUUUAUACAAUUUGAAAUCAAAAUUGAAUAUAACUCAAAAUUUGAAUUCUACAAUUUGAAAUGUAAUGAUGUUGUCUUUCAAAACGGCAGAAUUUUCAACAUAAUAUUAAUAUACAAAAUUACUUGAAAAGGGUCCUUUUAGGAUUAUCAAUGAUAACAUUUACUUUGUUUUGGUGUAUGAUUAGCUUGACAUUUGUUAUUCUCCAUGAAGUUACUUACUUACUAAAUAGUGAGUUGUCCUAAUCAAAUUCUUAAAAAAUUCCAGUUUAUUGUAAAUUGAUACAAAACCUUGUUGAUAUUUUUAGCUUCAUACAUUCCUUAUGCAGCAAAUAGGGCUAUACAUCCUUUGAGUGGAAUUGUGAAAAUCAUGUUAACUGAUACUUUAUUCAUCAUACCUUAAUUUACAAAAAAAAUAUAUAUUGUUCAAAAGUUGAUCUUUGCCACUAACGUUGAUAUCAAUUUGUCAAACCAUAAUAUUGUCAAUUAUGCCAAACCCUUAGUCUUCCAGUUUUAUUAAAUCAUCAGAUGGGACCAAACCAUUGUUCUGGCAGGUUGUAUUUUUUCCGUUCUUGUAAAAUAAAUGAACAUUUGAUAUGUUAUUAGCCCCCACAAUCAAUGUAUUUUAUGUUUGGUUUGUUUUUAAGUGCAAUUAUGAUUGCAAGAAUUUGUGAUGUAAGGUAUAUUUGUAGUACCAAAGAAAAUUCUUAUUUGUGAAAUGCUGACAGAGUAUGUUCCACUUAAUUGUCGUUUAUUGUCUUACCUGUUCAAUAUUACAUGUAGGUAAUUAACAACUUAGUUUAAUUUAUAUAUUUACAGUCUUUCUGAUAUAUUAUGUCUAUUGUCUUUCAUUUGCAAUUGUGUGUAUAAUACAUGUGGAUGUAUAUAUAGAAAUUAUUUUAAUUUUUUCAAUUUUUUUUUCUGAAUAACUAUUACCUCAUCUCAGAUUCCAAAUCCAUGAUACUUGUACCUUAGAUGUGUUAAUAUUACUAGUGAUAUAUUUCAAUGAAAACUGAGUGUAUGUAGAUGGCUUUCGACUUUAAUAGUGAUAUGGCUGAAUGUAUGCUAUUAUGAAACCCAUUUACAGUUCAAUCUAGCCUUCGUAGGUUCACGUUAAUACUGUAAAAGCACAGAGCAAUACAGGUUCAGUGAACCAAAUAUUGUGUUCUGGGUUUGAGAGUGUUAAAGUUAGUCGGGGAAUGCUAGUUGGUAAAUCAAAGUAUGUAGGCCUAUAUUUUAUGUGCUAUAUGAACCUGAGCAUCAUAGUGUUGUCAAUACAUGUACCUCUGAAAUUUCAUCUUUAUAGCAGCCUGAAAUAUUGUUUUUAUAGAUGCUUAAUUUAGAGUCUUUUUUGUGUGUGUGUGUGUGCAAAGCGUACCAUUACUAUACUGUAUUUUCAAUAGGAUCUUCUGUGGGUUAAGGUGUAGUUUCUAGUUAUCAAUCUGUAAACAUACAGGGUAAGUCUUCUCAAGAUAGUUCUAUUUGGGUCACAAAAAAUUAUCAAAUUUUAUUUUAUGUAUGCAUUUUCAACUGUACUAAUAUUGCAAAAAUUAUCAUGCUUUGUAUUGGAAUCCAGUCAUCAGAGAUUAUCAUUAUACCCAUGCAUGAUGACAUGUAUGUCAAGUAGAUGGUGAUCAUCAUAGGAGGUGGUUCCCAACACAUCAUGGCCCUGUAUUAACAUAAAGCUAAUAGCAAUUGGUCAUAGGGUUGAUUUCUACAAUUGAUUGCGUUAAUUGUUGUGUAUGAUCAAUCGUUAAAACUAGUCCCAUGAUAUGUCGAUUAAAGUUUUAUGUUGCUGGGCCCAUUGUGGGAGUCAAAGACUAGACUAUACAAACAGAUUCAACUUUAUAUAUAAAGCUUCAUCCUUACUGGUAAUCAUCUAAUCAAUAGCUCUGAUCUUGGCCAUUUUAUGAAAGCCCUCUAUCAAUGACAGUUUAAUCUCCUGUUACUGAAACUUUUGUUUAAAUGGCCAAGUGCAAAAUCAUUACAAUUUCUGGCAUGUUUAUUGAUCAUUGGCAAUUGUCCUGAAUAAAUUUUAGGAGAAGACUUUUGGUAGCAUUUUUGGUGAAUUGUAAAUAUGGGUUUUUAUGACUUGGAUAUUUUUGAUAGAUUUUUAUAGAUAUUAUUAUAUCAAUAUCGUGUAUAGCAUUUCUUUUAUAUUUAUGAAAAGGUCACCAAAGUAAUCUAAUUUUAUAAUACCAACAAUUUGGAAAUCAACUCCUAGCAUUUGAAACUGUGCAUAUAACAUUUUAAUUUUGUAUCAUCUUGUUAAUAUGAAGUUUGCAAUCAUGGUCAAUACAUUAGUAUUCUUCUUAUGA